AGUGGAGGAGUCUUCGGUGCGCGCGGGAUUCGAUGCUGAGGGAUUAAUCCUAUCGAAAAUUCGGAAUUCCGGUCGGAUAUUGAGAGGGGGGAUAGAGGUCUAAUUUUCAUUUGAGGAGGAGGCUAAAUUAAGUCGAAUAAUGUCCUCGUACGUCUUUCCGGAUGUGCCGACGCACAAGGCCAAUGGCAUCGACGUCAGCAGAACGCACAAGGCAUGCAAAACUAUUGUGGAAAAUCUGCGGGAUAGCAAAAUGGACGACGCGCACAGGGUCUACGUCCGCUCCAUGGACCAGGCGACGACCACUCCUGUCAAGGGCGAGGUCGACGGCGAGAUCCCACUAUGGCUGGAGGGAAAUUUGUUCAGAAAUGGGCCCGGGGUUCUGAACAUCGGCGACACUUGGUACAAUCACCUGUUCGACGGCAUGGCGGUCCUGCACAAAUUCACGAUUAAGGGCGGCGAGGCCUUCUACAGGUCCCGCAUCCUGGAGAGCGACACCUACAAGAAGAACUCGGCGGCGAACCGGAUCGUCAUCGAUGAGUUCGGGACGAGGGCGUAUCCCGACCCCUGCAAGACCAUCCUGCAGAGAUUCAUGAGCAAGUUCAGCGGACUUCAGCUCGACAGCCCAGACGUCUCCGACAACUGCUCAGUCAGCAUGUGCUACUUCAGCGACCAGCUGUUCGCCAUGACCGAGACGAGUCUGAUGAGGCGAGUCGAUCCUGAGACGCUGCACGCCGUGGGCGGAAGGACCAACAUAACUAAGUAUGUGGCGGUCAACAUGGCGACUGCUCACCCCCACGUGGAUCCAGAUGGGACAGUUUACAACAUGGGUACUUCCUUUACCGGAAACAAGGGACCUACAUACAACAUAAUAAAAUUCCCCCCCAAGAAGACGCUGCCGGAUGGGAAGGUCCUCAACUCGUUCGACCAGGCCUCAGUAGUGGCGACGGUCCCCUGCCAGUGGAAGAUGCGCCCCUGCUACUUCCACGCCUUCUCCAUGACGGACAACUACUUCAUCCUGGUGGAGCAGCCGCUGGGCGUGUCCGUGCCCAAGUUCCUGCUCUACCACUUCAGCGGCCGGGCACUCGCGAAGGCCAUGGACUGGAUGCCCAACGAGAAGGUCAAAUUCCACGUGAUCAGACGCAGUGACGGCCAGCUGCUGGACACGAAGUACGAGGCCGACACCUUCUUCUUCUUCCACGCCAUCAACGCCUACGAGGAGGACGGCCAGAUAGUGAUCGAUCUCUGCUGCUUUGACGAUGGCGCGGUCGUGAACCAGAUCUGGAUGGAGAACAUCACCAACCCGACGGAGACCUUCAACAAGGCGAUCCAGGCGACGCCGCGGCGCUUCGUGCUGCCGCUCAACCCGCAGAGAGCGCCGGCCGGAACCAACCUGGUGACCCUCCCUGGCACCAAGUGCAGGGCCACGAGGGACGCGAAGGGCGUGGUGCAGUGCCACUCUCAAGACCUCUCUCAGGACCUGAUGGAGAUGCCGAGGAUCAAUUACAGGUUCAAUGGAAAGAAAUAUCGCUACGGCUACGGCUUCAUUCCGACCAAAGGACUCAACUGCGGCACGCUGUGUAAAGUGGACGCGGAGACGGGCGAGACGCGCAAGUGGAAGAUGCCGGGCUUCCAGGUGUCGGAGCCCGUGUUCGUGGAGCGGCCGGGCGCCAGCGAGGAGGACGACGGGGCGCUCAUCGCCUCGCUGGUCAACGAGAAGGAGCAGAAGGAGGUCCGCAUGGUGGUCCUCGACGCCAAGACAUUCGAGCAGCAGGCGCUGGUCACCUUCAAGACGCCGGGGAUCGUAACAAAGGACUUCCACGGAUUCUUUGCCCGGGACUGUGAUGAAGUCCAUCGCCUCUGAAUCGGGAAGGAAUCUGCUGGCGUAGCGGUGUUUACAUUUUCUUUCUCUUUCUCUCGCUUUCUGGUUGUUUUGCGCGUAUUUUUCUCUGUUUUUCGUUUUGUUUCUGUUUGUUUGUCUGUAUGUCUGUCUCUUCUCUCUCUGUCCUCUACUCUCU